AUGUGUGUUGGUCUUAUAAACGCACAAACUCAAUAUGUAUCUCCUCGGAACGGAAGACCUGGUGUACCAAUGGGACCUGUCCUCGAUGACAUUGAUGCGGAAAGAGCUAAUGUUGAGCAUUUACGCCAACGUUCCAUUCAAGAAAUAAAAAGAGCAAUAAGGCAACGAGAGGAUUUCGAGAAUGACAGAUUGGAGGAAACCUUGGCAUUUGCCGCAGUGGCAGCGUCACAUCCGAUUACUGUAGCCAGGGCACUCAUGCAGUUUGGGUUUGAGCCAUUUGAAAUGACUGAUGGCGAGAAAUAUUAUUUCUUCGGACCACCUACAUUGUUCUUCCCAAACCUCUUCAGCUACUGUAGGAAAAAUGGGAAAAGGCACUCCAUACUUGUGGCCGGGCCUUCGCCGGUCCUUCGAUGCCCUUUUGAAGUGAUUGCCAAAACUAGAGCGAUCGCUGGAACAAUGCUCAUGGAUCGAGUUCCUUUCUACUGUCGAGACCAUCAAGGAGCUUGGAAUUCCUUGAGCCUUCAAAACGCUCAUUUCAGAGGAUGCAGCUGGUUCUUCAGAUUAGCGAUCGCUUAA